AUGGGUCAAAAAGCUUCAACUGACUCAGAAAUUCAAAAAAAGUAUCCCAUUUCCCAUAAAUAACUUAAUUUUCUGUAAAAAAUAAAAAUUCAUUACAAAUAGCCUUAUAUUUUGCCAUCACCUGGCACGAUGGGAGCUGGCAGCAAAGCAUUUGGGUACGUGAUUAUCUAUACCGACAACAAAAUCCACCAGUUGCAGGUUACCCCAUCUCUCAGCGUGAAAUCUGCAAAAGCCUUUAUUGAUCCGAAAAAUAAAAAGAAUUUAAAACUCGUUUUAGAAAACACAGAACUCGAUAACAGCCAAAAGAUAAAAGAUCUCAAUAUUGGGCCCAACACCGUUAUUAAAGCAAUUUAUCAUAAAAAGAAAAGCAUUAAAUAUGACAGCACCUGUGUAAAUAGUGAGAACCCCUCGCCUUUUUUAAGCGUUGUAAGUAGUAAUACAAAUUUCUCGAGGCUUUAUGAGAUAGACAUGAGAAAAUAUGAAGUCGGGGAUGCUGGGGUGUUGGUAAAUAAAAUUAAAGGAACAAAUUUGGAGAAAGGAAUCAACAAAAUGAAAAAAAAAUUAAGUUUGAAACAUAGGGUUCAAUUUUCGUAA